AUGGCAGAUGUGACUGUAGUUUCCUCGAGCAUUGUUCAACCUGAACACAUCAACCAAUCGGUUCCAGAAAAGAUCCAUCUAACUCCAUUUGAUCUCAAUCUUCUACACAUAGAUUAUACUCAAAGAGGUCUCCUCUUCCCCAAACCCGACCCUAAAACCCGUUUCAUAUCACGCCUAAAAUCCUCUCUUUCUUCUGCUCUAGAUGUUUACUUCCCACUCGCUGGUCGUCUUGUCAAAGUCCACCAUCAAGAAGACAAGACUGUGUCGUUUCACAUUAAUUGCAACGGCUCUGGUGCAAGAUUUAUGCACGCCAUAGCUGAGUCUGUCUUGGUACGUGAUCUUCUUCAACCUGAUGGCUCAGUUCCAAGUUUUUUAAAGCUUUUCUUCCCCAUGAACGGUGUCAAAAGCAUCAACGGUGUCACCGAACCCUUACUUGCUAUUCAAGUCACUGAGAUUAAGGAUGGCGUCUUCAUUAGUUUCUCUUACAACCACAUGGUCGCUGAUGGGUUUUCGAUCUGGAACUUCUUUAGGACAUGGUCCAAGAUUUGCAAGAAUGGUCAGAAGGAGAAUCUUGAUCGUCCUAUCGUCCUCAAAGGAUGGUUCCUAGACGGUAUAAAAUUUCCGGUCCAUGUUCCCGUUACAGAGACAGAGAUAAAGACGGCUUCAUCGAGUGGUGAAACGUUGACAAAAGAGAGAGUGUUUCACUUCACAAAGGAAAACAUUUCAGAUCUCAAAGCUAAAGUCAACGGUGAAACUGUCUUAAGUGACCAUAAAGUCUCGUCUCUUCAAGCGGUCUCGGCGCUUAUGUGGCGAUCAAUCAUUAGAAACACUGGUCUAAACCGAGAAGAAGAGGUGCGUUGUAUUAUAGCUGUGGAUUUGAGGCAAAGGCUAAACCCUCCGCUUGAAAAAGAGUGUUUCGGGCAUGUGAUCUAUAACGCAAUAGCUAAAACCACAGUGGGAGAGUUGCAAGAUCAUGGCCUGGGGUGGACUGCUUUGAAAAUAGGUAACAUGUUGAGAUCGCUGACGAAUGAAGACUAUAGAAAUUUUGCACAAGAUUGGGUUAGAGAUGUAAAGAUCCCAAAAUAUGGUGGUGGAAGUAGAAUGGGUGGUGAUACUAUAAUUGUCUCUGGCUCUCCUCGGUUUGAAGUGUAUGAUAAUGAUUUUGGUUGGGGUAGACCGGUCGCAGCUAGAGCUGGACCGGGGAAUAGUAUAAGUGGCAGGCUCGUGCUUUUUCGAGGGAUCGAAGAUGGAAGUAUUGAUGUUCAUGCGACCUUGUCUUCUGAUCUACUUGCGAGUUUAUUGGCUGAUGUUGAACUUUUGGAGAAUGUGACCAUUACAUGAUUGUUUGGUCGAGAAAUAAAACGUCUAUUGCCAAAAUUUAAGGUACUUGUAAGUUGUAAUUCUGUGGUCAA